CUGGCCUGCCGCGCAUUGAAUCGGUCGGAUUUGUUGGACAUAAACCACGCCUAAACAUCGGAUGGGAUCGAUACACGCUAAAGAAAAUGUUUCAGGUGAGGACCGAAGUCGGAAGUGAUUCAGCCCCAUCCUCGAGGAUGCUAGAUUCACAGCCACCAUGUCUUUGCUUCUCAAGCCUCAUUACCGUCCAACUGACAUUAAUCAACCUUUCUCCGGUUCACGUCAGCUUCGAUCAUACCAGCCUCGUUGUGAGAUGCAGCUUCAGAAGAUCGCACUGUUCGGACUAAUCAGCUUCAGCACCAAAGCUUGUGGGAGUCAAGUUGCGAUCAAAGACAAUGCAAAUCAAUGCGACACCGCUGAGAGUGAUCGUAGUGCUUGCCAAAGCACCUUACAUCCGAAUCUGAAUUUCAGACCCCACUCUCGGGAUGAGCGCCAACCCUGGAUUCUGGGUAACGUGGGAUGUACCAAGAACUUAUCAACAGAAUUCUGCGUCCAAAAUUGCAAGUGCAAGUGCAAUGGUUUGAACCUGAGCUGUCCUAGUGCACCUACGUGCACACCAGAAGAAUCUUCCCUCUGCGAAAAGUACUGCAUAUGUUGGACUCCUUGAUAUUUUCCUUAGCUAUGGGACUGGGUUAGGUUGAUCAGCGGCUCGGCACACGGUAUAUGGAGUAAUUAUUCAAUGGAUAAGUGAACGGUCAAUGUAGUGCUUCAGAUUUGUCUCCC